UUUUGAACGACCUUGACAUUUAUGAAUCGUGGCAUCUUCUGUGCGUUUAAAUCUGUUUUGCAAUGUUGUCUUCUCGUUCAGUGACCAGACUUAUUCGAAGUUAUUCCAAGUCACGAGCGUUGUGGACGGGAAAUGAAUCUCUCGCUGAUGAUGACCCAGAGUUGAAGGUCAUUAUAGACAAAGAAAAACAUCGCCAGAAACACGGGCUGGAACUGAUUGCGUCUGAGAAUUUUGCCAGUCGGGCUGUGUUGGAGGCGCUGGGCUCGUGUCUCAACAAUAAAUAUGCUGAGGGAUAUCCUGGUGCUAGAUACUAUGGUGGAAACAUCUUUAUUGAUGAAGUGGAAACGCUUUGUCAGAAGCGAGCACUGGAGACAUUUCGUCUUGACCCAGAAAAGUGGGGCAUCAAUGUUCAGCCGUAUUCUGGCAGCCCGGCAAACUUUGCCGUCUUCACAGGAUUGCUUCAUCCACAUGACCGAAUUAUGGGCCUUGAUCUGCCCGAUGGAGGACAUUUAACUCAUGGCUUUAUGUCAGAUGUGAAACGAGUGUCUGCAACAUCUCUUUUCUUCGAGUCCAUGCCGUAUAAAAUAGAUCCUCACUCUGGCUACAUUGACUACGACAAGCUGAGGAUGACGGCGCGUCUCUUCCGCCCCCGUCUCAUCAUCGCCGGGACGACCGCGUACUCCAGACUUCUUGACUACAAGGUUUUCAGAGAGAUCUGUGAUGAAUCGAAGGCUUACAUGAUGGCCGACAUGGCCCAUAUCUCUGGUCUAGUGGCUGCCGACUUGAUUCCCAGCCCGUUUGAAUACGCUGACGUCGUCACUUCUACCACACACAAGACACUGCGAGGACCCAGAGGUGGCAUUAUCUUCUAUCGGAGGGGUGUGAAGAACACUGACCUGAAAACUGGAAAAGCUGUGAUGUACGAUUUGGAAAAGAAAAUCAAUGGGGCUGUGUUCCCGGCCUUGCAGGGUGGACCACACGAACAUCAGAUAGCAGCCAUCGCCGUCGCUCUCAAACAGGCACAGAGCUCAGAGUUCAAGGAAUACCAAAGACAGGUGAUGAAAAACGCAAAGGUUCUCGGUGAAUCUUUGAUGAAAAAAGGAUACACAGUUGUAUCAGGUGGAACCGACAACCACCUGGUUCUGGUUGACCUGCGACCCAAGGGAACGGACGGAGCGAGAGUGGAGCGAGUUCUCGAACUGUGUUACAUCACCGUUAACAAAAACACGUGCUCCGGAGACAAGAGUGCCAUGACCCCUGGUGGACUCAGGCUGGGAGCUCCUGCCUUGACGACGCGUGGACUCAAAGAGUCGGACUUUGAGAAGGUUGUUGACCUGCUGGACCGGGGCGUACAGAUCGCUCUCGAUGCUCAAAAACAGACAAAAAAGCUAGCUGAAUUCAAGACUUUUGUACUACAAGAUGCUAAAAUCCAAGCCCAGAUUAUGGAAGUGAAGAAAGAUGUAGACGAUUUCUCAAAGAACUACAACAUGCCUGGCUUUGUGGAUAGAUAGAUGACUCAGUUGUCUCCCUUGACACUUUCAAACUGAGACCCACUAACAGUAUUGCUAUGAAAGGUUACAAGCAUAGUCAUCUUAGUUAUCUUUAUUUUACUGCAAAUAAAGUUAUACAGUUGCUAUUAUAUAUUUUUUUUAAAGUAUUUUUUUAAAAGAAAGAGACGAAAAUUAAAUCAGAUUUUCAUAAAUUGGAAAAUACUGAAUGAAUACACAAGUACUUAAAAUGCUUUUUUAGAUGAAUGUAUUUCAUAGCCCUGUAUAUAAUAAGUGCAUACAUUAUGCUGAUAUUCUGAUUAAUUAUACAUUGUUAUUUAUUAUCCACGUGGUUCAACAUAACCGAGUUAAUAAUAAUCAUACGAAGCACACGUGUAAUAACAAGUGUGAUGACAUAAUUUUGGAAAGCGACGUCAUAACAUGAUGUUGUUUUCUCCAGUCCUAGUUUAGACUUUCCAUAUGAAAUAUGACGUCAUUUCGUCAUCUCCUUCUAGUUGUGGUUGAAACAUUUUGAAACGGUCCUUGUUAUUCAUAAAAAUAUGACAAUAGUAAUAUGGAUAAUAAAGAAAUUAUUACACUGGAGUGUGUGUCGUACUGAUUUUACGAAACUCGUAUUAGGAUUCACGUAUUACCAUCGCUCUUGCUCAGGCAAUACAAAAAUCAUGACACUCGUUUCGUAAAAUCAGUACAAUGCAAGCUGGUAUAAUAAUCUCUAUUUACAGGCCUUAUAAUUUUGGCAUAAUAAUCCAUUUAUUUUGCUGAAGCUGUUCCCAUUGCCUGUUUUCAACCUGUUUAAUCAAUACAUCCUCUAUUUCUGACUUACGUACUUUGUUCACUAUGUUUAUAGGAUAUUGUAGGACACUGAUGUUGAUCCUGGUGUAACUGAUGAAUAUUGGUGGAAUUUUGUAUAUAUGCAAUUCGAUAAUUUUUUGUAUAUUUUUUCUUGUGUAAAUCAAAAUAUCUAGUCAUCUUUGUCAGUUGAAAUAAGUAAUCAUGAACUGUUAGACUUGUGAUUUGCAAUACAUUAUUUGUUUGGUGAUGUAUGCAGUUACUGAUUUGCAAUAAAUUGUCUUACUUUC